UUCAUUCUCUUACAUGAAGCUGUCCAGUUUUGCCAACACCAGCUCUUGAAGAGGCUGUCAUUUCCCCAUUGUAUGUAAAAAUUUCAAAGGAAGAAUAGGACAAGUGCUGAGAAGAUGAGUAUCAAGACUGAUUUGGAAACGAACUUUGCUGAGUAUGUUUUAAAUGCAGGAAAAGUCAUCCUUGGAAAUAAGCAAAGGAAUGAAAUGGACCCUCAACUAGAGAAGAAACAGAAUGACAUCAUCUUGCAUGCAAUAUGUGCUCUGCUGAAUUCUGGUGGGGGAGUGGUCAAGGCUGAGAUUGAGAACAAAGAUUACAGUUAUGAAAUUCAUGGAGUAGGACUGAAUCUACCUUCAAUUUUCAAAGGCUAUUUAGAUGAGAUGCAACAGGGAGACCUCUUUUUUAUUUUUGUGAAAUCAUGGAACGCAAAGGCCUCCAGUGUGCGACUGGCUACCUUAUGCUCCAAUUUAUACCACAGACAAAGAACAUCUACUGAUGUCAUGAAUUCUCAGGAAUCACUGGUAUUCCUCAAAGAGAAGCGUCAGACUCUUAUGAAUAUCAAUUAUUCCAAUUCAUUAAGUCCACAGGAAGUUCAGGUUGGUGUACAAAAUGAAGAUAACAUAAAGGCUUCAGCUGCUACUUUAUUUAAUAGGGAUCACCUUCAGUACCUGGAAAAGGUCAACUUUACUAAGUCCACACAUGUUGAAUUUAAAAUGUUCUCAACAAGAGUGUCACAAUGCUUUGAGGAGAGUCUCCCCACCUGUGUUUCGGCAUUUGCAAACACUGAAGGAGGGUAUAUAUUUUUUGGUGUGGAUGAUGAGACCCAUCAAGUCAUUGGAUGUAAAAUACAGAAAACAGAUCUUAACUCUGUGAAGAUUUCUAUUGAUUGUUGUAUUCGGAAGUUACCUGUCCAUCAUUUCUGUACACAAAGGAGUGAGAUAAAAUAUGCCAUCAAAUUUCUUGAAGUACGCAGUCAGGGAGCCUUCCACGGAUAUAUCUGUGCAGUCAAGGUGGAGCCAUUCUGCUGUGCAGUGUUUGCUGACGUGCCCAGUUCCUGGCAGGUGAAGGAUAAUCGUGUGAGACAGCUCGCCACAGAGGAAUGGGUAGCUUGGAUGAUGGAAGCAGACCCAGAUCUUUCUAGACUUUCUGAGAUGGUCCUUGCACUGAGUUUGUCAUCCACUACACCCUGCGGCAGGACUGUGUGCACUCCCAAGAAUUUUGAAUGUUUGGAAGAACAGCAAAAGCGUUACUUUCCAGUAUCAUCAGACAGAGUGGUGUAUAUUCCAGAAAACCUGUAUAAGGAACUGUUCUCACAAUAUAAAGGACUCAGAGACCUCAUAAGUAAGGAAAUGUACUCUGUCUCUCAAGGAAUAUUGAUUUUUUCUCGAAGCUGGGCUGUGGACUUGGGUCUGCAAGAGAAGCAAGGAGUGAUCUGUGAUGCUCUUCUACUCUCUCAGAACAACAUCCCACUCCUCUACACCAUCCUCUGGGAGGGGAAUGUGGACUGGAAGGACUAUUCAAUGAGAGUUGCCCACUUCUUAAAGCAGAAACUGGUGAACACAGGUGGCUACACCGGGAGAUUGUGCAUCACUCCUUCAGUCUUCCUGCUAAAUCCCGAUAAAACAGCAAAGGCCUUUCAUGGUUCAGAUUUGCCAAUUUAUCCCACAUCGUACAAACUUAUGACCACCCAGCACAUGGAAGCUCUGUUACAGUCCCUUGUCAUAGUCCUGCUAGGGUUCAGAUCUUUCUUAAGUGAAGAGCUGGGCACUGAAGUUUUGAACCUACUCACAGAUAAACAGUAUGAGUUGAUUUCAAAGAACCUUCACACGACCAGAAAGCUAUUUGUCCAUGGCUUACCUGGAUCAGGGAAGACCAUCCUGGCUCUUAGGAUCAUGGAGAAGAUCAGAUAUGUGUUUAACUGUCAACCAGGUGACAUUCUUUACGUCUGUGAGAACCAGCCCCUGAGAGAGUUUGUAAGCAAGAAAGGUAUCUGCCAGGCAGUGACCCGGAAAACCUUCAUGAAAAAAGAUUUUGAAGAUAGUCAACAUAUCAUCAUUGAUGAAGCUCAGAAUUUCCGCAGUGAAGAUGGGGACUGGUAUACCAAGGCAAUAAACAUCACUCAGAGAGAAAAGGAUUGCCCAGGAAUUCUCUGGAUCUUUCUGGACUACUUUCAGACCAGCCACUUGACUUACACAGGCCUCCCCACUCUGUCAGCCCAGUACCCAAGAGAAGAGCUCACCAGAGUCAUGCGCAAUGCAGAUCCAAUAGCCAGCUACCUACAAGAAGUGAUGCAGGUGGUCAGAGAAAAUCCUCCACCUAACAUCCCCCCUGGGUCUCUGGAGAUAGUCCAUCAAGCUAAAUGGGCUCAGGGUGUUCCAGGCAAUUUUAAGAUUAUGGAGUACUUGGACAUGGAGGAGAUGGUGGUCCAGCUAGCAGAGAAUUGCUGGUGUCUCUUGAGGAAUGGUUAUUCCCCCCAGGAUAUUGCUGUGCUUUUCAGCAAAGCAAGUGAAGUUGAGAAAUACAAAAAGGAGCUUCUAAGAGCAAUGAGGAAGAGAAAAAUACAUCAGCUCAGUGAGGAUUCUGAUCUGUUAGUACAAUUCGGUGAUGCAUUGGAUAUCACGAGCAAUCACAUUGUGUUGGACAGUGUCCGCCGAUUUUCAGGCCUGGAAAGAAACAUUGUGUUUGGGAUCAAUCCAACAACAGGUGAACCAGCUGUUUUCCACAAUCUUAUGCUCUGUCUGGCUUCCAGGGCGAAGAAACAUCUGUAUAUUCUGAAAGUUUCUGGCAAAAAAUCCUAAUCUAAAACAGGAAUUUCACCUAUAGUUAACUAUGAAACUAUUUGAUCUAAAAAUUUAAUCAUCAGAUAAAUACUUAAUGAGGAUUCACUGUGAACCAUACACUCUUCUAGGUACUAGGGGCUGAGGAUUGGGUAGAAAACAAGAUAGACAAGAUUCCUUCUUUGGGAUAGACACAAAUCACAGAUAAGUAAACAAAUGUAAGAAAUUUCUGAUAGUAAUAAAGGACACCAGAGUAAUCA